AGGAGGAAACAGAAACAGCUGAGGCGAAUAACUGGAGGAAUCAUUUCUACUUUUAACACCUUAACUAUUCUGCAUCUCCAGAUAUCUAGUUCUUCACGCUCUCUGGAGAAGAAGGUAGAUCACAGGGGAACAAAUCAUUUACUCACUGUUCUUCAAGCUUUUUGAAAAUGGUCAACUCUAGAAGUGUGUUACUGCUGGUCUGCACAGUCUUGGUGGUUGGGGCCAUCUGUGGAUCAGACGCUCGCCAAGAUGGAAAGAGACGACCGUGCUGCGUUGCAGUCACCAACCUCGAUAUGAGUGCUGAGGUGGUGGGGGAAACAUAUCGUCAGCAGGCCGCAACACCACCCUGUGUGAAGGCUAUAAUUUUCAACACAGAAUAUGGACAGCUUUGUGCUGAUCCAAAUGCUCAGUGGGUCAAGGAUCUCACUGCCAACAUGAUGAAGGUGUGAAGCACAGAGUCUGUGGCGAAUCAUCAUCAGUGUUUCCUUUGACAUGAACUUUAAAGACUUAUUUAAAACCAG